AUGCCAGAAGGGCCUUCUCUGAGGAAGUUCCACCAGUUGGUGGCUCCAUUUGUGGGACAGCUGGUGGUCAAUGUAGGGGGCAACAGUAAGAAGAUAAACCUUAACAUGCUAGAGAUGCUUCGGCUCCAGGACUCACAGGUCCACGGAAAGAAUUUGUAUCUUAACUUUGGCCUAGCUGAAGAUCUGGGACUUCCUGACAGUUUCCUAUUGCCAAAGCAUCUCCAAAAGGAAGUGAACCUCCCGAAAGAGACUAGUGACCAUAAACUUGAAUCUACCUCAGAGCUAGAUGGACAAGAAGUUCCUGGCUCAUCUUCACCCAUUAAAGCCCUCGAGCUUGGGGAAGAACAAAAGGAUCCUGUUAAUAAGCCUUGGUGGCUAAAUACUUCUGAAAAUUCUGGGCCUUGGCUUUGCUUCCAUUUUGGUAUGUUUGGUAGUGUUCGGGCAAGUGAAUUCUCCAGAGCCACAAAAGCCAACAAGAGGGGAGACUGGAAGGACCCCUUGCCCAGGUUGGUUCUGCACUUUGCAAAGGGUUUCCUGGCAUUUUAUAAUUGUCGGAUAUACUGGUGCUUGGGACCCAUGGUCAAACCAACUUCAGAUAUCCUCUCUGAGGAGUUCGAUCGAAAGCAAGCCUUGGAAGCUUUGAAGCAGGCUAACCCUGUCUGCUAUACUCUCCUGGACCAAAGAUACUUCGCAGGCCUGGGAAACAUCAUAAAGAAUGAAGUUUUAUACUUGGCCAGAAUCCAUCCCCUCUCUUUAGGUUCUUGCUUAACUGCUUUGAACCUUGAGUGCUUGCUGGAUCAUGUUGUGAGUUUCAGUGUUGGUUGGCUUCAGAAAAAAUUGGAGGGGAAAUCACAGCACCAUCUGAUCUACCAGAAAGAGCAGUGCCCUGCUGGACACCAGGUCAUGAAGGAUAGCUUUGGGUCUCCAAAUGGUUUUCAGAGACUCACCUGGUGGUGCCCCCAUUGCCAACCCAAGGUGACACCAGAAGAGCCUAAUGUAGUUCAGAUCACUCAGGAACAGCUUCCCUAA